AUGUACAUAUGUCUGAAGACGUUGACGAAUGUGGAACUGACUCUUAUUCAAAUUAUGAAGAAUCCGGAUUUUGAUGCAUCAAAAUUGAAUGUUGAUAAUAUCGACUGUUAUGAAGAUGUAAAUUUAAAUAUACAGAAAGAACCUUCCUUACGAGAAUUUCUACAGUUGUGGAGUGUUGAGAAUAAUAUUACUCAAGUAGCUCUUACAAAAUUACUCAAAGGUCUGAGAGCUAAUGGACAUAAAAAUCUUCCUUGUGAUGCACGAACAUUGUUAGAAACUCCACAAACAACGUCAACGAUUAAUAGUCAUUCUGGUACUUUUUAUUAUCACGGAUUGCAGAGAGCACUGAACGAUCAUUUACGACACACGAGACCUGUGUAUGAACCAACUGAAAAUCAAAUAAAACUCAAUUUGAGCAUUGACGGAUUACCAUUGGCAAAAAGUUCAAAAGCACAGUUUUGGCCACUUUUAGGUCAAAUUAUUCACAGUGAUUAUAGAGAAAAACCAUUUGUCAUUGGAGUAUUUCAUGGAUAUUGUAAACCGAGCAAACCUGAUGAAAUCAUUCAUCAAUUUAUUGAAGAAUAUAAUGACAUUCAAGAUAAUGGAUUUCAGCAUGGAAAGAAAAAAUACAAAAUUUUGAUAAAUACUGUAAUAUGCGAUGCUCCUGCAAAAGCAUUCAUGAAAUGCAUUAAAGGUCAUACAGGAUACUAUGGAUGCGACAAAUGUGAAGAGGAAGGUGAAUGGAGGGAUAAUCGAAUGUUAUGUCUCAAUGAAAACGCUCCAUUACGUACGGAUGAAAGUUUCUUAUUACGACACAAUGAAGAUCAUCAUAUGAAUGAUUCACCUUUUGAAAACAUAGCAUUGAAAAUGGUUACACAGUUUCCCUUGGAUUAUAUGCAUCUCGUUUGUCUCGGUGUCAUGAAAAGACUUACAAAAUUGUGGAUUAAAGGUACAAAGGGUAUUAAAUUGCGUGCUUCUCAAAUAAAUCAAUUGUCUACAGAUUUGAAGCUGUUAAUACCAUACAUACCUAAAGAAUUUUCUAGAAAACCAAGAGGUUUGGAUGAAUUGGAUCGCUGGAAAGCGACAGAGUUUAGACUGUUUCUCCUAUAUACGAGCUUGGCUACUUUGUGGUCGUAUUUGCCAAAUGAUUACUUGAAACACUUUUAUGUCCUACACUGUGCAAUUUCCAUUCUUUGCAAUCCUAGCGAUUGUAGAUACAAUAAUGAAUAUGCACGUGAAUUACUAGGAUGCGACUUCCAUACGAAAAUACAUUUUGUACAAUCCCCAUUCUACACACUGAUGAUUGAAAUGUAUUACGUUGUAUUAUGCGAAGACUUCUGUCAAGUCGUUCCCGGCAAUUGGAUAGAUGCCGAAAACAAGAAAUGUCGAAUUCCACCAUCUAGAUAUAAUACCAGCAGUGCAGUAAAGAAAAAGAUAAAUCCUGAAGAUGAUUGGGAAGUUUACAGUUAUCGUAAAAUUUUGGGACCUUACGAUACAUUUGACAAGGCUCGACAAAUAGAGAAUGUGUGCAUUGAUGUUUCCACUUCAGAUGACAGUAAAUAUUCCACUUACAUGUAUAUAUAUAUAUAUAUAUAUAUAAAAUAUACAU